GGCGGGCUUGUAGAUCAGCAAACUCGCACGUAACAGGCGACGGAGGAAGACCGGGGCCGGGUCUGUGCCCAUCUCAGACUUUCAGGCAGAAGUCGGAGCUGUCCCCAAGACAUGAGGACUCCCGGGAGGCCGGUUCGCGGGAUAACGGAGGGGGGAAGGCAGCAUGGCGGGUAUACGCAGGCGCCCCGCCGCCUUCGCAGGCCACGCCUACAAGGGGGUUCCUGCAACCUCCCUCAGCGUCUUUGGGGAGGCGUGGAUCUGGGUGUGUGGGAGGAGCCCUGGCUCCAGGGCUGGCCCCGCCCCGCGCCCUCCUAUUGGGCAAGCGAGGGCGUCCUCUCACGCCGCCUGCCUAUUGGCACGCGCUUGCAAACGCCGCGCCCCAUUGGUCUGUUCUGAUUUGGGCACCAAAUUCAAAGAUUUUAAAAGUACCAGCUGGCGCCCUUGAAGAGCUACGGCUCAGCGCAGCGGCUGGCCACCUCACCUGCGUCGGGGCCCGGAGUUUGCCGGCAUGAGCCGGCGCACCUGCAGUGAUCUGCCGCGGCCGUCCUCCUGUCCCUGCCGUCUUGACGCGCGGACGACCGUGGACGAAAACAAAAGAGAGAGUCCUGUAGUCUGGAAAUGUUAAAAAAAAAAUGCUUAAAAGUCACAAUGAUGGCAGCAUGUGAAGUGCAGUCCCAGGCCAACUGGAACAGCUCGUGAGAGCAAGAAUUAGAGCAGUUUGAGCCAAAGGUUGUAAAGAAGAAAGCCCUGUUCUUUCUGUUACAAUGAAGUGUUUUAAUUGCAACCCUGAUCUUUCUGAGCUUGAAGUGAAGUCUGAGGACAAUGGAAGAGAAGGUUCCUACAGUCCUGUGUGUUUGGAACCUUCCUGUAAGGAUUGUGUUAGAAACCAUGAGAGGUUGUCUUUCAUCGAGUCACCAGUUGUGGGACAUGAUAACAAGGAAAAUCAACAAGUACAAAACAUACUAGAUAGUCCCAAUGAAGCAAAAGAGCUAGAGUCCAGUAGACUAUAUGAGGACAGUGGCUACUUGUCCUUCACACAAAGUAGCCCUGAGGAUGGCAUCCUUAUCCUGGAGAAUUUCAGAAACAGUUCCCAGGCCUGCCUGCAGCCUUCGCAGAGCCCAGACCAGCAUCCCAACAAAAACCUGCUACCUGUCCUGCAUUUUGAAAGAGUGGUUUGCUCAACAUUAAAAAAGAAUGGCAAGCGAAGCUCUAAAGUGGAUCGAGAAAUGCUGAAGGAAGUUAUCGCCAGUGGAAACUUUAGACUGCAAAAUAUAAUUGGCAAGAAAAUGGGCCUGGAACACCUAGAUAUCCUGGCUGAGCUCUCCCGGGGGGGAUUUAUGCACCUGUUGGCUAAUAUUUUGACGAAGCUCAGCGGCAUGGACUUAAUAAAUUUGUCUAAAGUGAGCAGAAUGUGGAAGAAGAUACUAGAAAACGAUAAGGGAGCCUUCCAGCUCUACAGCAAAGCCAUGCAGAGAGUCCUGGAAAGCAGCAAGCUGUCACUACACACCACAACCAGAGGGUAUGUCGUGGGCAGAGCCGCACUAACUUCUGUUCAAAAGUCAUCCACCUGGGCACCUCCCAGAAACGAUGUCCACGUCAAGUCUUCCGGUCAGCGUGGUCAGAAGGGUUCUGCCUACAGCCGGCACAACGACUUCCUGGAGGUGGCAAAGACAUUGAAAAACAACGAAAGCCUCAAAGCCUGUGUUCGCUGUAAUUUCCCUGCAAAGUAUGACCACUAUUUAGAGCGAGCAGUCUGCAAACGGGAGAGCUGUCAAUUCGAAUAUUGUACAAAGUGUCUGUGUGCUUACCAUAACAACAAAGACUGCUUGAAUGGCAGGGUCCUAAAAGUCAGCUGUAAAGUGGGUCCUUUGCCUGGAACUAAAAAGAGCAAAAAGAACUUACAGAGGCUGUGACCUUUUAGUAGAUCAACUGCAAAUCUUAAGGGCUACUUUUAAAAAAAAAAAACACUCAACUUAAGAAAGUAAAAAUAAUUGUGUCGCCUUUUGUGAAGAGAACAUGCAGCCUCUUGAAAUAAUUAGAGCUUAAUGUUUAAAAAAAAUUAAUUGUCCAUAAAAAAUGCCAAGAUUGACUUAUUUUAUAAAAAAAACCAGAUAUCUAUUUGUAGUUAAAUGCUAAGAAAAUUGGACUUGUUUGGCAAGGGAAGGCUGUGUGGUCCUUUUUAGGGAGUCUUGAAAACGUCUGCUUCUGCAUGUGCUUUACCAAAUUUGUAUCAUACUCCUAUCAACUUUGAGUCUGUCUGUCAGUUUAAAUGUCAGUAUGUGUGUUUUUUUUAUAUAUCUGUAAAUACCUGUUUUUACAUGCCAAAGAAAAUAAAUACACAUAAUUUUGUUUAGUUAUAAUAA